CUUGUCAUUAAAACAAAACAAAAACAAAGAUUAUUCAACUAUCGUCAGCAAUGUAAAUAAACAAAAACAUACAUAUUUGGAUGAAGCGUAAUUGAAUAACUCUGUGAAUUUGCUGUAGAAAGCUCGUGAAUCAUGGCAGUACCGUUAAAUAUUCGAUCAAUCGCAUUCAGAGGCAUUUCGAUUCCAAAUGUGUGGCUCCUCGGUCUCCUUGCAAGCAAUCGAAAAUGUACCAAUACUGAUGCCAUCGAUUCAUUCACCUCUGAACUUGUGGAAAACAAAGCAUUGAAAUGGAAAAUUCUCAACAAUAAAUACCGAAUACCGUUAUCAAAUAGAACGUCCUCCGGUGGAGCGAUACCAUCCGCUUUCAACAAAUCAUCGUCCCGCAAAUUAACUCAGAUCUUUGAGGAUCUGACGUCCAAUCCAUUGGUCAUCAAUAUCGAAGCUCUGGAAGAAAGUCACAUUGAUAAUUUGCUGCAGACUGCUAUCCGAGAAGAUAAUGCUAGGGAUGUCUACAUAUUAUUCGAUCAAUUGAUAGAUUGUAAAAGACUUUCCUCUUUGAAUGUGCUAAAUAUGUUGUUUGAAUAUGUUACCCUCACGUUGGACCAACACAGACUGGAGCAGUUAAUAAAUCUUUGUAAACUGGUAGAUUCUGAAAUGUUCGCGAGAUGCAAUGAAUUUCUGCACUUUAUUGCGCUUUUACAGUGGCGAAAGGGUAACUUGUCAAAUUCAGUAAACAGUUUCAAAGAAGCCCUAAUAAAAUGCAAUAGCGAAACGAGACCUGUGAUAUAUCGACUUCUUAGAGCAGUAAUUGACGAAACCGUUGGAAGCAAAAGUGAGGCCGUUUUACUUUCUGUGAUUGAAAUGGGAGAAUUCUCCAUGAAUAAAUUGAACGAUGAAUACUUGCUGUGCUAUAUCUGGGAGAGUAGCUUCCGAAGUCAGUGGCAUAGUGACCAGGAGGUAGCCAAGCAGCUGUUCAACAAACACGUUAGACUUAGGGAAGCGGUUGCGGGAAGAAUCAGCAGAUUGUGUUUUCAGUUAAUGCAGGAAUUUAACAUCGAAUCAAUAUAUCAGCUGAUGGAACUCUUUUUGAAACACCAAAUGCUACCAUCAUGCCGUCAGGUUCUAAUCCAUCUAUUCGAGUACCAAUAUUGGCGACGUGACUUAAGAGCUUGUUCGGAAAUUAUACAAAACUCGAUUGACCUUGAUAUACCGUUGCCUAACCUAUAUAAUCUAAAACUGUUAGAUAUGUUAUUGGGAAAAUCCAGCCGAAAAAAUAGUGUUCUUCCAUCAUCCAGUGCUGAUUCGGCGCAGAAACACAAAUUGGAGGCGAAAAAAUACGAACUCAAGUUUUGAAAUAUAUAUUUGUUCUAAUUUUUACACGGUACAAAAGUUCAAGAAUAAAUUG